UUACCACCCACAUCAUCUGCUUUGUUUUGGCAUGUGGGCAUGGACAGCUACCAUCUGCUCUUAUUAUUUAUAGUUGACUAAGCAAACGCCAUGCCAUGAACUGAAAGAAGCACAACGGGCAUUAUGACGAAUUUAGUGGUGGGAUGAGAGCCGUCCAGUCGGCAGAGAAUUUCCAGAACAAAAUGGCCAUGGAAGGGGUGCCUGGCUCUUUAGGCACCAGUGUUGGGUUUUCAUUGAGAAUAGGACAGACCCUGUUUUCUUCUGCUUCUCUUCUCUUCAUGUCAUUGGGGGUGGAGUUCUACAGCUAUUCUGCUUUCUGCUAUUUGGUAACAACCAUGGGAUUAGUGAUUCCAUGGAGUUGUACAUUGGCAGUGCUGGAUGGGUACUCUGUAGUGGUUAAAUGCCCUGUUCAUCAGCCUGGAAUAUUGUUCAUAAUAGCUGCAGGAGAUUGGGUGUUAUCAGUUCUGACGCUAGCCGCAGCAUGUUCAACAGCUAGCGUGGUGGAUCUCCUUUUCCAGACAAGCGGCUCCUUUUGCACUCCAAAGUGUUGCGGUAGAUAUCAACUGUCAGCUGCUAUGGCAUUUCUCACUUGGUUUCUGUCUUUGGCUUCAGCGCUUCUCAAUCUAUGGUUACUUCCUUCCUCGUAAGUUUCUCUAGGUUUUAUACUAUAAAUGUUGCGUCUCAAUGUAAAUGUAAUGUAGAUUAUUGGGAGAGCAUCACCAUGCGGAAACAAAGGGCAGGUAGGUAGAUGGGAUAAAAGAUAGGUUACAAUCAUGUAAAGUUUGAAACCUUAACCUAGUUUAGGUAUAUUCUGCCACUUCACACAUAAUCCAGCUGCUGAUGCUAGCUUUAUUCUUCUCUCUGCUCCUAUCUUAACCAAUUUCUAUUCUGUUAACUUCAUUCAACAGUUACCUGAUAGUAGAUUGUGGCGGAUCUUUUUACAACAUAA